AUGUCGCGAUUCAGCUUUGACAACACCAUGGCCGACGAGGUGGUCAAGAUUGCUCAAAGCUCCAUUGCGACCCUGAAAGACUCUCUGCGCACGUCGGCCGAUCCCACCGACCGCUACUUCUCCACCAUUUACCUGGUGGGAGUGAUCACGCCGUUGAGCUGCAUCGUCGUCAAGGAGGAAACUCUGCCCCUGCUCCGGGCGGAAGCGGUGGCCUCGUGGAAAGAAGCGGUCCAGCUACUGCAAGAAAUCGCGCGUGACUUUGACCUGGCGCGUCGCCUGUUGCAACGCUUCCACGGGGUCAUCAAGAUGGCCGACUUCAUCAUUGUGUCCCAGAGCAAUGGAACCAACUUCACCAAUCAGUCAGCGUUGCCGGACCUUCCAAACGAAGUGCCUAACGGCAACGGCGACGAUGGUGCCGCUCAAGGCCUGAAUGAACACCCGCAUCUACUUUUCCCUCUGAGUCAUCUCCCGACGCCGGCAGGGAACGACCAGCCUUUCGGGGGUGGUGGAAUGGCAUUUGAUUCUGACUAUUGGAUGAGUACAACCUGGUGA